CGCGCAUGGAGGAGGAGAGAAGACGCCCGAGCUCCCGUCUGAAUAGGAGGACCGCCGCUCGCACCUUCAUCAUUUACCUAUUUAUCAGGAAGAGGAGGUUUGUAGGCGAGAACUAAAGAAAGACAAAAAGACCUAGCGCUACAGAGAAAGACGGGAACCAAUCAGAGAUGACGCGCCUGACACUCGCCCUCCUGGUCUUCCUUCUGCCCGCAGCCACCGCCAGACCCCCUACAUCGGCUGGUUGGUCCGGGCACCCAGACGCUGAUAUCCCCGACAGGGAUUUGUCCUUCGAACAGUGGGAGAUUCACCGAUGGCGAUCAAGUGGAUCGUCGGAGUCAGCCCAAUCUACGGACUUUCUGGAGUCUGCAGAGUUUGACUCGGAAUCAAUGGAAUCACCAGAAUCCGAAUCUAUGGAAUCUUUCAGGGAACCUUCAGGCGAAGACUCCUCUAAUGAAUCCUCUGACGAAUCCUCUGACGAAUCUUCUGACGAAUCUUCUGAUGAAUCUUCUGACGAAUCUGACGAAUCUUCUGACGAAUCUUCUGGCGAAUCUUCUGACGAAUCUUCUGACGAAUCUUCUGAUGAAUCUUCCGAAGAAGUCACCCCCACCGCUGAAACCACAACUGAAGCAGACACACAGGCCACGCCCUCCACUGCUAUGACAGCAGUCACCAGGGAGGCAGUCACCGCAGAGCCAGGCAUGACGACCACAAAUGUGGAGACAACACCAGGUGCUGUGACCAUUUGUGUUACUGAGGUUAUUCCAACACCUACGGACUUCACGGAGAACAGAGGAGACUCCUAAAAACAAUCUUAACUUUUGUGGCUUGGUCAACAAGGACAUAGAGGGGGAAUUAUGUAUCGAAGGCUGUGUAUGGUAUUGCUACUGAAUUUUGAGGGAUAAUUUUAUUGU